CCUCUUUUCAAGGGCGCGGAACGAUGUCGUAAAAAGGACAAUGCGCAGUCGUUCUUGCGGUCUCUUCCUCGCACGGUUUCCGCAACACCUGGCGCUUGCGCAAUAAGUCGGCUGGGUGUAUUGUGGCGGCCCGCCGGGCGGACUUAGUCCCGGCGCCCGGCAGUCUGCGGGCGUUGCUGUGCUGCGCGCCGCCGGGUGAUUACAUCGAGGCGCCGGUGGCCCUCAGGCCGGCGGCGCAGCUCUGCCUUGGUUCGCUGGACCUUGGUCUGUGAGCAGCCACAAUGUCAAUCUUCACCCCCACCAACCAGAUCCGCCUAACCAAUGUGGCCGUGGUACGGAUGAAGCGAGCCGGGAAGCGCUUCGAAAUCGCCUGCUACAAAAACAAGGUCGUCGGCUGGCGGAGCGGCGUGGAAAAAGACCUUGAUGAAGUCCUGCAGACCCACUCAGUGUUUGUAAACGUUUCUAAAGGUCAGGUUGCAAAGAAGGAAGAUCUCAUCAGUGCAUUCGGAACAGAUGACCAGACUGAAAUCUGUAAACAGAUUUUGACGAAAGGAGAGGUUCAGGUGUCAGAUAAAGAACGGCACACACAGUUGGAGCAGAUGUUUAGGGACAUUGCAACUAUUGUGGCUGACAAAUGUGUGAACCCUGAGACAAAGAGGCCGUACACCGUCAUCCUUAUCGAGAGAGCCAUGAAGGACAUCCACUAUUCAGUCAAGCCCAACAAGAGUACCAAACAGCAGGCUUUGGAAGUGAUUAAGCAGUUGAAGGAGAAAAUGAAGAUAGAACGCGCUCACAUGAGACUUCGGUUCAUUCUUCCAGUGAACGAAGGGAAGAAGCUAAAAGAGAAACUCAAGCCACUGAUCAAGGUUGUAGAAAGCGAAGACUACAAUCAACAGUUAGAAAUUGUGUGCCUCAUUGACCCUGGCUGCUUCAGAGAAAUCGAUGAGCUAAUAAAAAAGGAGACAAAGGGCAAAGGUUCUUUGGAGGUACUCAAUUUGAAAGACGUGGAAGAAGGAGAUGAGAAGUUUGAAUGACAUCCAUCAGUCUCCUCGGAUGUCAGACACUAAAGCCUUUUCAUUUCCCACAGUCCUCUUUUCUUUCUGUGAUCUGCCACAUACUUGCUCAGACAAUUUGACAUUUUCCAUCUGGGUGGUAAAGGUGUGUACCAAGACUUUCCUAAGUAUUAUAAUGUGGGGUUAAUUUAGUUUUAAUUAUAAAAAGGGGUUUAGGCAAAAAUGAGAAAUCCAAGAUAAAAAUUCCAGAGUAGCAUUCUGUUGCUGCCUCAUGCCUUUGUAGCUUUCCAGGGUGAAAGUUACUGGAGACAAUCUUUGUGGGUAAGAAGUUAAAUUUUGUACAUUAUAAGAAGAUAAAUUUGGGAGAAUAUAACUGUGUGACAGAAAAGGGAGUAUUUGCCAAAAAAGAAAACAUACAACAUCUUCUACUGAUGAAAUGUGUGUGUAGGGGUAGCUGACCUAAUAUAAGGCGUGGAUGAUGACUUCCAGAUGAUCUAAGAGCAGGCAUAGGGUGACUAUAGGACUUAAAUAAUACUCAUCAAACAUGCUAAUGUAACCUAGAUUAUUCUUCAUAAAAAAGUCAUUUGUUUCUAAUUCUUAAAGUUUAUAAUAUAUAUUAUUAUAGUUGAAAUGAUAUAUAAUCAAUAAAACCAGUUUUUAUUUUUGUUAAACUAUGGCUUGUAUUUCUAGACAGCUUCCUAACCCCCUUUCUUUUCUCUGCCUCUUAUCUGGUAGGAUUGGAGAGUUCUUAGCAGGAUUAAGCGAGUCUGUGCAGGGCCUGUUCAGUUAAAUACCCAGUAAAUCUUAGCUAAUAUUAUUUGGGAUGUAAUUGAGCUUAAGUAUUUUAGUAUUUGAACCCUUAAAUGGACAGUGUGCAAGUUUUUUGAAACCUACUUAACCUAAAAAGACAGUCUAGAAUAUAAAGUAGGGUUUCACUCAAAAUAAACAUACAGAUGUAUUUUGUGGACAGUGAUUAACCGAGAAAGAGUUGUGACUUGAACAGGUCCUGAUUGGUUUUAUAAGCACACAGAAUUCACUGCUAAUACAAGUUCUCAGAAGUGCCCCAUUUUACAAUAACUUCGAUUGAAAUUAUGAAGUCAAGAGUUUUUUCUUGUAGUGUUAGAAGAAAUAUUCUUGUUUGAUAACACAGGAACACAUACUUUCUGUUAAAAUCUGAAAUUGAACUACUGUUUUGACAUGAUCUUUAAGAUGACCCCUCACUGAUUCCAUUUUACUUACGUAGUUGGUUGUUUUACAAAGAUGAUCUAAACUUGAGGUCCCAGGAAAUAAUUUCAGCCAAUGAAGUUUACACUUACUUUCUCGUUUAAACUGUUAAAGCAGAGUUUUCAGGUUGAAAGUCAUAAUUAUUACAAAUGUUCAACAGCUGCAUCUCGAAUAGAAAAAGAUGUGUUAUUACAACGUUGCCUUAAGUUUUUCUCAUUGUUAUACUCAUUUCUUCCAAAAAGCUGGAAUUUCAAGAAAUGUCAAAUGUAGAUCACAUCUGAGUCAUGUUUCUGAACCCAUAAAAAAAUAAAAAUUUAAAAAUUACCUUA